AUGAAAUUCAUAACUACAAACUUUGUCAAAUGUGCCGUUAAGGCAUGUCAGUCUUCGACAGAUUCGUUUCCUCUUCAGUAUAAAGAAUGCCAGCUAGUGCAGCAGGAGCAGGAAUUCAAACCUGAGUAUGUGCUUCAUAUGCUUGAUAAAUUAGACUGGGAUGCAGUUGUUGCAGUUGCUAGAGAUUUGGGCAAUGACUCAAUUCCACAGACCAAGCCUGAAGGCUUGGAUCCUAUCAUGGAGGACGACGUGGUGGUGUUGAAAGAUUUGCACACUUUGCUCAUGGAGACGCAAUUGGUUGAGGGCCAGAUGGUAUGCAAGAACUGUCAGCACAUUUACUAUAUCAAAAAUUCAAUUCCAAACUUUUUGCUUCCUCCACAUUUGGUUAAUUGA